ACCGCCCGGUUUUACCAAGACCCUGCUCGGUGCUUCCUCAAGCCAGGCUCGUUCCAGUUCAGUUCAACUUUUGCUUUUGCCACGGUCAGGCACGCAGUGACAGCCCAGCCCAGGUCGAACAGGCAUGGGUCUCCUAUCUCUGCGCUGCCUGUAAGCUUGGACUUUGACAUGACACACAUCAAACAUCGUGGACAGUAACAUCAGGCAGCUCAGCAGGAUGGUUCCCGUCCUUUCGGAGUCCUGCACCCAUGUCUUGGCGGAGUUUGACUGCCUGGACCCUCUGCUCUCCGCCCUUCGCCUGGACUCGGGCAGGCUCAAGUGCACAUGUCUAGCGGUGUCCAGGAAGUGGCUGGCUCUGGGCACGUCUGCGGGGGGGCUGCACCUCAUCCAGAAGGAGGGCUGGAAGCAGAGACUCAUCCUCACACACAAGGAGGGGGCCAUUACCCACGUGUCCUGCUGCCCUCACGAUGAGGACUUCAUCGCAGUCGCCACCAGUCAGGGCGUGGUGGUGGUGUGGGAGCUCCAGCUGGAGAGGCGUGGUCGUCCUGAGCGUGCGUGCGUGUCGUGGGAGCAUCGGGGCGCGGCCGUCACCGCGCUCUGCUGGGACACGGCCGCACUCAGGGUCUUCAGCGGCGACGCCGGCGGGAAGGUGUCCUUCGUACGCGCCGCCUCCACCAAACUCGGAAAGGGCUCUGGGUUUGUGAUGUUCCCGGUGCAGACGGUGACCACGGUGGACUCCAAGGUGGUGCAGCUGGGCUUCCAGGAGGGGCGCCUGCUCGUCUCCUCACUCAGCCGAUGCUACCUGUGCGACACAGACAGGCGGUUCAAGUUGUCAUACAGGGAGAAGUUCUGGCGGGUGGGCAAUAAGGAGCGUGAUGGGGAGUAUGGCGCGUGUUUCCUGCCCCAGUCGCGGGCCGGCUCCGGAUGCAGUCCGCCCCCCCUGCUGUACUGCGCGCGGCCCGGCUCGCGUGUCUGGGAGGCCAGCUUCGGCGGGGAGGUGCAGAGCACACACCAGUUCAAACAGCUGCUCGCCUGCCCCCCUGUGCCUCUUGUCACAUACAAGCAUGAGCCGCAGCACAGCCCCAACCAGAAGAGCCCGCAGUCUCUGGCCUUCCCCAAGCUGCUGCCAAUCGGGGAUCAGCACCUUCUGACCUGGACAGAUUCGGCCGUCUACGUCUUCACGCCUCAGUGUGACCAGGUGCUGCUCUGGACAGAGGUCAAAGGCGUUGCGGAGAUAGCAGUGUUCCGCAGUGAGCUGUUCUGUCUGUAUGGGGACGGCCGGCUGUCGCACUUCUCUCUGCUGUCGGCGGAGCGCUGUGUGGAGCGCCUGCUACGGCGAGAAGCCUGGACGCUAGCAGCCACCGCCGCCUGCAUGUUCCAGCACGCUGUGACCUCCGGCAGGGCCAGGAAGUCCCUCCCCAUAGACCGCCUGGAGCAGCUAAAGUCUCAGCUUAGCCCCGACUCCCACCCCGAGCUGAUUGGUCACUUGGAGGAAGUCAUCAGCAAGAUGGAGCCCUUAGACUCCGCCUGCAGUAGUCGCCGCAGCAGCAUCUCCUCCCACGAGAGCUUCAAUGUCCUGGACUGUGGCAUCUACCGAGUCAUCAGUCGCAGAGGAAGCCAAUCGGACGAGGACACCUGCUCCCUCGUCAGCCAAUCAAUGCUGGAGGAGGAGCGCCUGAAGGAGUUUGGCUUUGCUCAAGAGGAGGAGCCAGGGGAUCCGGAGCACCAGGGGGAUCGUGCGGAUGCAGAGAGGGCCGAGCUCGGCCUGCAGUUCCAUCUUCCACUCUCAUUCCGCACCAAGCCACCACGCAUUGCCUUGCAGGCCGUCCGAGACAGUGUGUCUAGCUUUGUGAAGAAGACCACAGAGAAGAUCAACACCCUCCAGAUGAACAGUGACCUUUGGCCACGCGAACUUCAGGGGUCACUUGGAGAGGUCAUGACCUCCACCGCCCCUUUCCCAGACCUCGAGGACCAUGAGUCCUUGGUGGAGCAUUCCCAAGCAGAACACGAUCUGCAGGAGCUCAGAGCCGCCACAGCGAAAGCCAUAGCUCAGGUGCAGGACCUGCAGGUGCUGUUGGACCCGGCCAGCCUGGAGGAGGCCCUGCUGGAGUGGCUGCCCGCGCUGGAGAAGGUCCUGGGCCCCGUGGACCACACGGCACCCCCAGCCUCCUCGGCCCCGCACGGAAAACACGGAGAGGAAGUAGAGGAAGAAGGAGGCAGAGAGGAUGAAGAUGAGGAGGAGGAAGAGGAGGAGGAGGAGGAAGGAGAGCUGGAGGUCCUGUCCUCGUGUUCGACGGCCAGCCACCCUAAAGAGGUCACAGCAGGGGGGUCACCGAUGAAGAAGACGAGCGGUGGCGCAGGAGUAGGAGGAGGAGGAGGAGAAGAGGAGGAGGAGAAGGAGGAGGACCCCAAACUCCUGGCGGCGGAGAAGGAGCUGACGAGGAGGCCGCCGCGGGGCGAGGAGGAGCCCGUACGCCUGCUCUCCUCGCGACCUUUGCCCUCCGAGCUGCAGGCGGACAUCGCACAGCUGGCCGCCCUCUGCCUCGACCUGGGCUGCGUCGGGAGCCGGCGGGAGCCGCGGAGAGGAGAGGAGGAGGAGGAGGAGGGAGAGAGAGAAGGAGAAGGAGAUGGAGAGCAGGAGCGAGAGAAGAGGAGUGUGUGUGUGGAGAGCGUGUGUGUGUUCCUGCGGCGCUACUUCUUCCUGCUGGAUCAGGACCGCACGCGUCGCGUCUGCAUGCAGCGCUACAGGCAGCACCCCGCCGUGCUGCAGGACUUCAUCGCAGGCAUGCUGGAGUACACCCAGUCCAGUAAGGUGGUGGAGGUGAUCCAGAGAGGCGACCUGCUGAAAUCCUUGAGGAGCCUGAGGGAGCUGCAGCCCUGGAACCCUCCCCUCCUCCUCUCACACCUGUACAGGCUGUAUGAUAAGCAUGGGGAGCUGGCGGUGCGCUCCUUCCCCCAGUUCUAUCCCACAAUCCUCCCCUCUGACGUGCUGGCCAUGGCCCAGCGCAGCCACUUCCUGCCCUACCUCGACAACCUGGUGCAGUCGCGCACAGAGGAGCAGAGGCUGGCAUUCCUGGGUUCCCUCCUACAGCCGGAGUCCCUGCGACAGGAUUGGCUGGAGCUGGCUCUCUCCCAUGAUGCACCACAAAAGAGUGACACGCUCACAGCUGAUGGACAGCCAAGGUGGCACUCUCACUACUUCAGCUGGGGCUACGGGCGGCUGCUGUCUCUGCUCAUCCGGCUGCCAGCUGACCUCUCCUCCAAACAGAAGAUGCUGGACACGUGCAGACGCCACGGGUACUGGACGGGCUACCUGCAGCUGUGCAGAGAGCUAGAGCGCCGCCCGGAGGCCUUCGCUGCCAUCUGCAGCCUGGACGACAUGAGCCUGCUGGAGGAACCCAAUGGUAUUGUACCUCAGACCCUUGAAGAGUGGAAGCUUCUCAUCCAGCUGUGUCAGCAGACCUGCAGUGGUACCCCUGACACCGCUAGCCCCCCCCAGGCUCCCAUUGGAAACAACCGAGUCGCUAGCACUACAGCCGAUAGCACACUCAACGGUAGCAGUAGCAGUAGCAGCACAGCUAACGGCACCAUCCAUGCUAAUAACAGUGCUAACGGAACCACAUGCGCUAGCACUACCACCACCACCAGCAGCACUACCAGCACUACAUGCCCCACGAACGGUAACGGUACUACUAGCGAAGCUGCGUGUAGUAGCAGCAUCACAUGUCCGACGAACAGCGCUAACGGCGAGUUGGCUAACGGUUCGGCAGCGGCAGCGGCAGACUGGAGCAGCCAAAUCACGGUGGAGACGUUAACGUUGAGGCUGGCGCGCGUAGUGGGGCCGGACCAGGCCCUGGACGCCCUGCAGGAGUGUGGAGUGCAGCUGCAGUUGGGGGCUCGGCCCACACGCGUCUGUGACCUGCUCAGGGUGGCCGAGAAGAGGCAGAGGGCUCUGAUCCACACCAUGCUGGAGCGGUGCGAUCGCUUCCUGUGGUCCCAACACGCCUAAAGCAGCAUGAAGGAGAGGAGGAAGAUGAAGAUGGGCUGCCUCCAGCUCUGCUCUCCGCCAUCUUGGUCAGGGCAUCUUCCCACGACACCCCAGUGUCCCUUAAUGUGCUCCAUCUGCAGACCAAACCUUCUGUGUGAUGACUCUCCGUGGUCCUGCUAGCAAGCAUGCCUAGAGUAGAUGGGUAGGGCUGCCAUCUUGGUCAGGUAAUCUUCACUACACCCCUGGUCUCCCUCAAUAAAGCUCAUGUCUGCAGGCCAGCAGAUGGUGGGUUUCGAACUUGCAACCCUCUGAUCUCAAGCCCAUCUCCUUAACCACUUGGCCACUACGGUUGCCCCAGAUCUUGAAUGCCCUCCGUCUGCAGGCUGCAGGUCUUCUGAUGCCUCUUCAUGGUCCCAGGUACUCUAGCGCUCCCAGGGGCAUCUCACUACAGCCCAUGUCUCUAGCAAUACAGGGGUGCAUUUCUCGAAACCAAACGUUGCUUACUACUUAUUAGCUACUAUGUUGUUUUCGAUGCAUUUUCCCAUUGGCAACUACCGAAGUGGCUAACAGGCUAACAACUUCUCUUUUGAGAAAUGCACCCCAGGCCUGCCUUAUGAGGAGAUGGUUAUCUCCAGAUACCUCAGUAACAGAAGUAUCAGCCCCAUGGUCUAAUAUGACGGAGGUCAUCUUGCACCUGUUCACCCCCUCGGGGAUCGAACGUGCGACCUCGUCAACUACAACGGUCCGGCAAUGGGAGACACAGUACGGUACCGUUGGGCCAAGAGACUAGUCUCUCGGCCGAAUGUCACGAGACUGUAUGAGGCUAUCGGAGGGAGGUUUUACCAACGUUCUCUGCUAGUUAGUCUCCGUUACACUAAAGCAGUUGUUCCCAAACUGGGGGUUGGGAGAACCAGUGUUCACUUUUAUGACUAAUAAUAAGAUGUAUUUGAAAAAGUUUGGGAACCACUGGUCUAAAGAGACUCAGCACCCAGUAAAGACACCUGAAGGACAACCUGCUUGUGGAAGUGUUCAUACAGUAUGUUUUCUGGACCUGGCGCUGACAUCUGUGGUCAAUACAGUACCACUACACACUCCAUCUCCGGCAGUCAAAUGUGCAAUGACUCUCUAUGGGACAGCCGCACCACACUACAAUUGGGUCAAAGACGUCCAAAAUGAAAUUGUCCUUCAGUGUAACGGAUACCUUCUGCUGACUGUAACUGUAAAAAACAUGACUCUUUUUAUUUUAUUGUUUUUCCAGUGAAUUCAUGAAAGCCUCGGCUGUCAUCCUUUCACUUGAAACAAUGUAAAAAUCACGUUUUUUUAACGUUACAGUCAGCAGAAGGUACCCGUUACACUGUAUUACAAUGCCAUUUUGCACGUAUUUGACCCAAUUACAGGAUGAAUCAUUCCAGGUGUUACUGAUAAUGUACUGUAACACGGUACAUCCAAGCACAAAUGUGCUAUUGAAACCAAGAAAAACAAGCAGUGUUACAUUUCUUUUUUUUUUCUUUUCUUGUGUUUUAACUGAUGAUGGCGAUGAUAAUAGUAUAAUAUAUGCUUCUAAUUAUUUAUCUAUUUAUCAACAACAGACAAUGAUGUUUGUAUGUGAAUCACAGGCCUUGUAACAAAUCACUUACACAUACUGUUAAAUGUCAGUGUACUUUAACCCAUUCAGGCCAGCUGAGAAUUAAAUUAAUGUGUCUAGAAAACUAGCAUCUUGUGGUAACAAACACUCUCACAUAUCUAACACUUCUAAAAGCAGCCUGAGAACAACUAAUUGUACUCUGGACACUGAAGACUUACAUGAAAUAUCGCAGGUGUGGUAUAUCUUAAAGGUUGUUCCUGUGCAAAAAAAAAUGUCCUUUCUGUCUGUAUAAAGAACAAGUCUGUGAAAGUGUGUGUCUGUGUUUUAUUUAGUUAUUUAAACAUGGUAGCUUUUAGAUCCCAAGUAUGUAAUAUCAAACCAAAAAGUUGUAAAAUGUUAAAGGGACACUGUGUGAGA